AUGUUACAAUCCCCGGCCUCGGCUUCGUUCGAGAAACUCCGCGCGUACUCUUUUCACUCAGAUCCUGAAUUCGCAAAUGGUCUCGCCAUUAUUCUAGGCCAUCCCGACACACCAGCCACAGACAAAGAGAUUAGUCGAGAAGAUGACCUUGUUUUACAGGCCAAGUGCUUCUUUUUCUCACGAAAAGAAAAUAUUUCUCCACCCAUUGAUUUUGCCAGCUAUAAGUCAUGGCUAACUGAUUCGUCAACUUGCGAACCUCAUGAAACGAGUGGUCCAGCCGGUUCACCAAAGGUCCUUGGCUCUGAAAGAACGACUGGUCAGGAGCCCACCUAUCCGUCUUCGUUUGCGCAUAUAGUCGAGCUUAUUACCACGGGGCAACCAAUUCCGGGGAUUGAGCAGAUUCCAGACACUGUGUUGACGGGACAUGGCAUCUCAAGUGAAAAGCCUCGGCGACCCAAGCCGUGGGAGAAGGGUGAAUUGGAGGAAAUUCAUAGUGAACCUACAGCUGAACUACCAUCCGCAUGA